GAGACAUCCUGAUGAAUGAAUGAAUUCGUACAUCCUGAACAGGACUUUGGGGUCCAUUCAUCCAUCCACAUUCCAUGCUGCGCAGACAACUCGCCUAGUCCUGAACCUUGAGCCGGCGCCCGGUAUACGCUUCUCCAGCCAGCACACCACUCAAUCGGCGCAUGGUCGACCCCAAGAGAUUCCGGAUGGAUCUUCUGGUUUAGAAGAAGAAACGUCCGCUCACAGAGCUGGAGUCAAAGUACUUGCCAUUGAUCAGAAUGAAGGCAGAUUCAUGGUCUCCGGCGGCGCCGACCCGUCCAUUCACUUAUGGGAUCUGGAGUCCCGCGGAUCCGAGCUGAAUCAUGUCCAUCACUCGGUGGCAUCGGUCAACAAGGCAUCGCACGAGGAUGCGCACACGCAUGCGAUCACAUCCAUCUCGAUCUACCCCUUCGAUCCGACCCCGUCGACGAUCCUGACCACCUCGCACGACGGCACGCUCAAGCUCUCCGCCCUAUCGCCGGCGGCCAUCAUCCCCGUGCACACGUUCCGCCUCGACUGCACGCCGUACACGCACGCCAUGUCCUCGCACCCGGGCGCGCCGCUCCUCAUCGCCGUCGGCACCUCCGAGAAAGCCGUCCGCCUGCUGGACCUGCGCUCGGGGCUGUCGACACACGGCCUGCCCGGCCACGGAUCCGCGGUGCUCUCCGUCGCAUGGGCGCCGCACCAGCCGCAUAUCUUGGCGACCGCCUCCACGGACAACCGGGUGAUCCUCUUCGACAUCCGCCGCGGCGGGCACAACUCCGCCAUCGCCGCGCUGCACAUGGACGACGCGGUGGGCCUCGUGCGUCCCGCCACCGCGCCGCCCGCCUACCAACCGCGGCCGGCCUUCUCGCCGCACGUCCGCGCGCACAACGGGGCCGUCACGGGCGUGCGGUGGACGUCCACCGGCUCGCACCUCGUGACCGCGGGCCAGGACGCCCGGAUCCGCGUCUGGGACGCGAGCACCGGCGCGAACACGCUGGUGCACUUCGGGCCCCGCGUGCGCAACAGCGUCUCCUCCCACCUGGCGGAGCGGGCGCCGCUCGUCGUCCCGCGGGGUCUCAUGGCGGCGGGCCAGGAGACGCUCCUGUGGCCGAAUUUCAACGAGCACGACGACCGCGGCGAGAUCUACAUGUUCGAGCUCCACGAAGGAGCGUACAUCAAACGGCUCCGGGUGCCCGGACUGGCGACCACCGGACAACAAUUCCGUGGCCGUUCGACCGCAUUGAGCGCCGCCCGAAUCAACUCGCUAGCCUGGCGCGGCAACGGGGCCUCCGGCGAGGGGAUCGAGAUGUUUUCCGCUCACGGCGACGGCACCAUCCGCAGCUGGGUGUCACGGGAACCCGAAGGGGAGCCGGACGAAGCGGAGGAGGCCGAGCGAGCCGACCGCAAACGCAAACGCGAUGUGCUGGACGAGAUCUACCGUGGCUUUAUA